AUGGCUGCCUCUGAUUUCCGAGUCAUCAUCAUGGGAGGCGGGCCAGAAGGCCUCGCUGCCGCUAACAUGCUGGCCGCAGCAGACAUCGACUUCGUCGUCCUCGAGCGGGCACCAGCAAUCGUCAGCGACACCGGGGCCAUCAUCAUGCUCUGGCCCCAGGGUACCCGGGUGCUCCACCAGUUGGGACUGCUCCAGCCCGCAGAAGGCAGAUUCAUGUCCGUUCGCUCCAAGACGACGAUGACACUCGAUGGGAGGGAGCUUUCGAACUUCGGCGUUUUUGAUCUCUUGGAAAAGAAUCACGGGUAUCCAUGUGCUAAUUUCCCCCGGCCCCUGUUGACAGAGGUGCUCUAUGAGGGGCUGGGAAAACGCAAGUCAAAAGUACGGACAGGCGUGUCUAUCGAGGACAUCGAGACGACCGAUGGUGGUGUUCUUGUACAUCUGCAAGACGGAAGCGUUGAGCGUGGCUCGAUCGUCAUCGGCGCGGACGGGGUCCACAGCGUGACCAGAAGCAUCAUGCGAAGGCUAGCAAAGGAAUCGACAGGCGAGGACUUCGACAAGACGGAGAAGCCGAUCCUUUCGCCGUUCCAGGUCCUGUACGGUCGCGCAUCGUAUAUCAAAGGCCUUCCCAAAGGAGUCUUCUUCGAAACCCACGGCACGAACAUGAGUUCGCAGAUGAGUGCGGGGGACGACUCUAUACACUUCGGGCUCUUCAGGCGCCUGCCAGGAUCGACUUCCAAACGCAAGGAAUACAGCGACGAGGAAGUAGCCGAGUUUGUCGAGGCGUUCGCCGACGUUGUUGUGAUGCCGAAUCUGAAGUUCAAGGACCUCUGGCCGCGUUGUCAAUGGACGAGACUGGUCAAUCAGCACGAGGGCCUCAUGGAGCAUUGGUACCACGACCGCAUUGUCCUGCUCGGCGACUCGGCCGUACAGAUGACGUCUGCUGGUGGCAUGGGACUCAACAACGCACUUCAGUCAGCGGUGUAUCUGGUCAACAAGCUGCACGAAGUGGUACAGUCGAACAGCAACCCAGCCAAGGGAACACUCACUCGGGCUUUGGCAGACUAUCAGGACACUCGUCGGGAAGAGUCUCGAAGGAUGUGCAACAUGUCAUACCGCUACAUACGUGCAAACACGUGGGAGAGUUGGCUCACAUGGUUCCUCGUCGAGUGCGUGUUCCCUACCGUUUUUGGACUGGAGAAGACUUUCAGGAAGUUUGGCGAGACUUUCAUCAGUCGGACGAGGGUUCUUUCUUUCGUCAAGAUGGAUGACCGGACAGGGGCGAUACCAUGGGCUCGGUGA